AGAAAAAAAACCGCAACAUCAAUUUCCCUAGUUUUAUUCUUUUCCUCCUCAAAACGUCUCCCUCUCAGGUUAUAUAAAACUCCAAUUCCUUCCCAAAAUAUAUAUCUGAUUCUGAUAUACAUUAAAUCUUCAAACCUCAAAUCAACCAAAGUUUCACUUCUGCUAAGGCGUUUCUUCCUCUUCAUAGCUAGAAGCGAAAAUAAAAAAUGGCCGCGGACAGUGAUACCAGCGAUUCAGGUGUCGGUAGUGGUGAUGAGAUUGCCAUUCACAUUAGUUGUUCAAACGGUACCAAGUUUUCUGUGAAGGCAAGCCUUGGAUCUACUGUUUUGGAGUUCAAAAGUGUUAUCUCUCAACAUUCUGAUGUUUCAGCUGAGCAACAACGAUUGAUUUACAAGGGUCGGAUCUUGAAAGAUGAACAGACUUUAGAAAGCUAUGGUUUGCAGGAAGAUCACACUGUUCACAUGGUUCGUGGUUUACCAGCUUCAUCAGCUAACACAGCAGGUUCAGCAAAUCUUGGAGGCUCAAACACCACCUCAGGUGCCUCAAGAGCUACUCUUAAUUCCUAUGAAGGCGGGCUUUCUAGGGGGGCCAAUCUCGGGGCGUCACUGUUACCAGGGCUCCGUGUAAAUGGUCUAGGCGGCAGUGGAGUACCUGGGAUGUUGGGAACUGAGGCAGAGUUUGAACAAGUCCAGCAACAGCUUACUCAGAAUCCCAACAUGAUGAGGGAAAUAAUGAAUAUGCCCGUCAUGCAGAGCCUAAUGAAUAAUCCCGACUUAAUGCGUACCUUGAUCAUGAGCAAUCCUCAAAUGCGUGAUAUCAUGGAUCGCAAUCCUGAACUUGCACAUAUACUGAAUGAUCCCAGUACUCUACGCCAAACACUAGAAGCUGCAAGGAAUCCUGAACUAAUGCGAGAAAUGAUGCGCAACACUGAUAGGGCCAUGAGCAACAUUGAAUCUUCUCCCGAAGGCUUUAACAUGCUCAGACGAAUGUAUGAAACCGUUCAAGAGCCAUUAAUGAAUGCGACAACAAUGGCCGGAGAUGCUGAAAAUACUUCUGGUUCAAACCUGUUUGCUUCCCUAUUAGGAAACCAAGGGGGAACUCAAGACAGGGAUCGGUCGAUUAACCCUUCAACCACUGGUUCUGCUGCUCCAAAUACCGAACCGCUUCCCAACCCAUGGGGUGGUGCUGGUGCUGUUAGAGGCACACCAACAAACACCGCAGCUAGGUUAAAUUCAACAGGAAAUGCAAGGGCACCUGGUAUUGCUGGAUUAGGUGGGCUGGGUCUGCCUGAGAUGGAACAGAUGUUAGGGGGAAUGCAGGAUUUCUCUCAGAUGAAUCAGUUGAUGCAAAAUCCCGCUGUUGCACAGAUAACGCAGAGCCUCCUUUCUGACCCUCAAUACAUGAACCAGAUUCUUGGUCUGAAUCCCCAACUCCGUAGCAUGGUUGAUUCUAAUCCUCAAAUAAGAGAGAUGAUGCAAAACCCAGAAUUACUUCGCCAAUUGUUUUCCCCUGCCACAACACAGGAAGAUUUGCCUUUGCAGCAAGAGUUGACCCGUCUUUUGGGGCAACAUUCAGCCCUGGAUCCAGGACUGACUGGUGGAGCUGCAGCAGGAACACCAAAUAACAUGGGGUUGGAUUUAUUGAUGAACAUGUUUGGUGGACUUGGUGCCAGUGGUUUGAAUGUUCCUAGCACAGCAAAUGUGCCGCCGGAAGAAUUAUACGCGACUCAGCUAUCACAGCUUCAAGAAAUGGGAUUUUUUGACACACAAGAGAACAUCCGAGCAUUGAGAGCAACAUCAGGAAAUGUUAAUGCUGCGGUGGAGCGGUUACUGGGAGGAGGAAACCCUGGACAGUAGAUUAUUGCCAAGUGGGUGGCGGUAUCCCCGUGUGCUACUAAUAUACUUAGUCGGUCAUGCUAAUCUUGGGCCUCUGUAUGAUUAGUCAAUUUUCAGUCCAGAGUCUUCUUAAUCAGGAAAAAGAGGGACUCGGCCACAUAUGAGAACUCUGUUUUGGACAUGAAUAAGUGCAUAGCAACAGAGCCGUCUUAUGGACCAGGCCAGCUAGGCUAUUGCCUAUACACUUAUACUACCUACUUGUAAUUGAAGAACGGGACCAUGAUGUACUUAGGCCAUCUUCCUCAUAUUUAUAAGGGGUGUCUUGAAGUUAGGAAAUUACUAACUUAUCCUUUACUUUUGUUUCAAUUAUGACUAACCUAAUAGCCUCC